AAUUCUGUAUAUAAACAUCAUAUAUAAAUAAACAUGGCUUUAAAUCGUGUUUUUAAUUUAUCUUCUUUAAAACAUCAUAAACAUGUUUUCGAAUAUUUAUUUUCAUGUAACAAUGUGCGUCAGUUUUCACUUUCAUCUUCAAAAUUCCUUGUAGAAGUGAAACGUACAGAAACUGAUAAACAAAUUGUCAUUGAAGGAGUUAAAGUGAAAUCAGAUCGAGAAGGGAAAGUCAUUAAUUUACACAACAGGAAAGGAUGCCCUCUUUGUAGGGUUGGUUUGCAUUUUGUAAAACAUACAGAUACUUUAAUACUUAGCCAGUUUGUAAGCUCAGAUGGCACAGUGAUUCCACAACAUAUUACAGGUCUUUGUAAUAAACAACAUUUUCGAGUAACAAGAGCUGUAGCCUUAGCACAAAGAGCAGGUUUAAUACCUAAAAAGUCUGGAACUCCUGUAUUUGGGGAUUGGGAAAAGUGGAAUACUUAUUUCAAAAAAUAUUAAUUGUUGAGUUUUAUUUUGUGUAAUAUUGUGGUAUUAAAUUAGUACAAAGUUUUA